AUGUCCCUCGCAAGGAUUUACGGCAUGCAGACCCUUCUGCGGACAGCACGUUUGCGAAAGAGUGUGGUGAAAGUGUGCGGCGCGAGUGGUCCUUCGGCGUUUACCUGGCUGGAAAGUGUCUCCAGGCGAAGCAUCCUGACCGGUGGUGGUGCAAGCCACGAAAAGCUUGCACCGAAACCGGUGCCAAAACACGACUGGAACCGGGCCGUCAGUGAGGCGGAGAAGAUCGUCGGCUAUCCGACCUCGUUCCUGAGCCUUCGGUGGCUGCUGAGCGAUGAGAUUGCGAACGUAGCGCUACAUCUGCGGAAACUGGUCGGCAGCAAUCAUCCCCUGCUAAGGACGGCGAAAAUGCUCAUCUUCAACGGCAAAAACAACAUGCAAGCGUGGGGACUGAUCGUGCUGCUCGUCUCGAAAGCCGUCGGCCACGCCCCGACCGUACCCGAUCUGGAGCAGGACAAAAGUGCGGGCGUGCUGCAGUCCCAGCGGGGGCUGGCGGAAAUUACGGAAAUGAUCCGUACCGCCCAGCUCGUCCACCAAGGGCUGGUCAAUCUGCAGUCGCUGGACGAAGCCGGCAACGAGCUGGGCAGCGAUAGCGAUACCAUCUUCGGCAACAAGAUCGCCCUGCUGAGCGGGGACUAUCUGCUUGGCAAUGCUUGCCUUCAGCUGGCCGGGCUCCGCAAUCAACCGCUGAUCGAGCUCAUCUCAUCGGCCGUGCGUGAUUUAGCGGAGUCGAACUUUAUCGGCGAACGCGAUCAACAGAACAAUCCGCUUCCUUCCUGCCCACUGGACUGUCCGGGCAUGGCAGCCGGCGAUCGGGACAGUGAGCCCGAAGGGGCUGUUAACUUCGGGGACUUGGUGAACAAUACGCAACCGCUCAGCUUGGAGGGCGUUAUGGGCAAUCCGGAGAGGGAGUGGGCCCUGCGGCAUAUUCUCGGUGCGGGCAGUUUGCUGGGCAAAAGCUGCCAGGGUGCGAUGAUGCUGGCCGAGCAGUCGGAAGCAUUGCAGCGGCGCGGUUACAUGUUCGGCAAGCAUCUGUCCCUUGCGUGGCAGGCCUGUAUCGAUUUGGAACCGUUCGGAUGUGAUCAUCUUCCACCCGGCGUUCGAUUCAGUUUGGUGUCGGCACCGGUUCUCUUCCAUCUCGCGCACGAUCCGUCACUGUACGAAGAGAUACAGAAGGGACGCGAGUCGGUGGACAACAUUGACUUCGCGAAGGUGCAUGCAGCGGUGCUGAAGGGCCCGGGACCCGAGCGGACGCGUGUACUGCAGAAAAAGCACAGCGAGGCCGCACUGGAGGUGCUGAACGAUCUGCCACCCUCGGACGCACGAACGGCACUGCAAAACAUUAUACUGGCCAUGCAGGACAUCUAGCGGACGGUGCCGGUAGGCAUCUAUCGAGCGGCGAGCCCCAACACAUCACGACUCACGCCCAUCCAGAGCUCUUUUCGUCCCCGUCGGUGAAGCUUCACACGAGCGAAGCGAUUAGAUGAAGCGAGAUACCGUUGGAAAAGAGUUAACUGGUAAGUGGCGGUAGAAAGGGCAGUUUCGAUCGACGCUAAAUGACUGGUUAGCACUGGAAGCUAAGCAUGCUCUACACAGCAAAACGUACCAUUCCGUCCAGAGUGUGAACUUUUUUUAUGAUUAUGGUAGAUAGGGGAAGGUUUGCGAGAAAGAGAGGAAGAGAGAGAGAGAGAGAGAGAGAGAGAAAAAAACGGCAUCUAGUGUAAUGAGAGGAAACUACUUUCGAGUAAAGUAACGCAUAAAGGGAACGUUUCAAACGGUUUCAUCGAUCCCGCAGGAGUUCUAUAAAUAUUACCAGCAAGGUAACGCUACCUACGCGUUAGGUGCGUUAGUAGAGGUAUAAAUAGGAUAUGUUAGUAGUACACACUGACACACACACACACCGACGCACAUCACCGAAUCAAUCGCACAAUCCUUGUACAGAGCUAGUGAAAUUUGUAAGAAAACUCCUUUCGACGAUCAUCAUUAUCAGUCCUUCAUAGGUAUAGGUCGUCAUAGCUUCAAUUACACUCGUUAAAAGAACGGUUCGAAAGAACCGCAAACCAAGCAGAUUGUUUUAGGCGCUAAGGACAAACCCCUUACUCGUAAGCUGGCGGACUUUAAACUAAGCGUUAACACUGGGUGUGGUUGUGUUUUGUUAGUAGGUGAGGUUAUGUAGUUUUGCUUUUCCCUUGUUACUCUCGCCGGCCGGCCAGUAAUGGCUUUCCCCCGUUUUGCGUUGCUGUAUGUACACGUCUUUCCGUUAUCAUGUAGUAAAAGUAUUUAGUGAACUCACCUGUUGUUUGCAAAAAAGAUAUAAAACUCAACAAACCCCCAA